AUGGUGGGACACCAGACACAACCAACAGCUAAUGUAAAUGCAUCCCGCCAAGAAAGCAAGCUGAUGGAAGAAUGUGACCAGCUCAUUGAAAUAAUCCAGCAAAGACGACAAAUAAUUGGAACCAAAAUCAAGGAAGGGAAGGUGGUGAGGUUGAGAAAACUGGCCCAGCAGAUUGCGAACUGCAAACAGUGCAUUGAGCGCUCAACAUCCCUCAUCUCUCAGGCUGAACAGUCACUGAAGGAGAACGAUCAUGCUCGCUUCCUGCAAACUGCUAAAAAUAUCACUGAAAGGGUUUCCAUGGCAACUGCAUCCUCCCAGGUUCUAAUUCCUGAAAUUAAUCUCAACGAUACUUUCGAUACUUUCGCACUUGAUUUUACCAGGGAGAAGAAAUUGUUGGAAUGCCUUGAUUAUCUUACAGCUCCCAACCCACCCACCAUUCGAGAAGAGCUCUGUACAGCUUCUUAUGAUACCAUUACUGUCCACUGGACAUCAGAUGAUGAAUUCAGUGUCGUCUCUUAUGAGCUGCAGUACACCAUCUUCACCGGACAAGCUAAUGUUGUUAGUUUAUGCAACUCAGCCGACAGCUGGAUGAUUGUUCCCAAUAUCAAACAAAACCACUACACAGUGCACGGUUUACAGAGUGGCACUAAGUACAUCUUCAUUGUUAAGGCCAUUAAUCAGGCAGGCAGCAGAAGCAGCGAGCCCGGCAAGCUCAAGACAAACAGUCAGCCAUUUAAACUGGACCCCAAAUCUGCUCACAGAAAAUUGAAAGUGUCUCAUGAUAACCUGACAGUCGAACGUGAUGAAACAUCCUCCAAAAAGAGUCACACACCAGAGCGAUUCACAAGCCAAGGGAGCUAUGGAGUAGCUGGCAACGUGUUUAUUGACAGCGGGCGGCAUUACUGGGAAGUGGUUAUAAGCGGGAGUACGUGGUAUGCCAUUGGUAUUUCCUACAAGUCGGCACCAAAGCACGAGUGGAUCGGGAAGAAUUCUGCCUCCUGGGUGCUUUGCCGCUGCAAUAACACGUGGGUGGUGCGGCACAACAGCAAAGAAAUCCCCAUCGAGCCCGCACCUCACCUCCGGCGGGUCGGGAUUUUGCUGGACUAUGACAACGGUUCCCUUGCUUUUUACGAUGCUUUGAACUCCCUACACCUUUACACUUUUGACAUUACAUUUGGGCAGCCUGUGUGCCCCACGUUCACUGUGUGGAAUAAGUGUUUGACCAUUAUAACUGGCUUGCCUAUCCCUGACCACCUAGACUCCUCCGAGCAGCUUGCAUGACUGCUAAAAGCCAAAAGGUAGGAUGACGUGUCUUCCAAGGUGGCCAGGCAGCUGCCUGUAGGAGCUUGCCCAGAGCUGGUGGACUGUGUGGCCUCCCAGCCAUCUCUGCUGAAUCCAGCCAGAACUGAAAAGGGGAGAAUAUCUCUUUCCUGUGUACUUUGUAUGGAAUGACAAGAAGUGGCUUUAAUAAUAUCUUAGAACUUUCUUUUGCAGUUGGUUUUGUUUGGUUGGUUUUGUAUUUAGUCUCUUACAGGAAGAUUUAUAAAUUAUUUAUAAAACAAAAAAAAAAAAAAAAAAAAGGAAGGGAAAGCCUGGUUUGGACACCUGGAAAAUGACUUACUUGUUUUGCACAUUGAUGGUCCUAUUAAUUAAAGUUUCAUCAGCCCUUUGCAUCGUUUUAUUUUAUAGUGGAUAAAAGCAGGAAAUUGGAAGGAUGAAAACUGCGGAGUGGACAAGUCAGUAUACUGCAGGUUUUACUCGUGUCAAUAUCAGCGCUCUCAUUACCAGUCUUAUUGAGUGCGAGAUCUCCUAGUUUCUUCUUUGUACAUGGGAGUGUGCAGACCAAAAAGAACAAAAAUAAACAAGUGAGGAAGUGGAGCUAGCCAACACAGCAAAAGAAGAAAGUUUCAUUUACUUCUAUUCACAGGGCAGUGCUCUCUCUGUUCAUAAAAAACAUGUGGAAUAUCUCCUAGAAAUGUGAGUGGAUAAAUCAUCUGGUGCUUUAUUUUACUGAUGGCAACAUUCCCAUCUACAAGUGCGUCACCUUCAUCUUUGGGAAACACUGUAGAAUCACCGAGGAUGUGAAAGACUGAUACCAUCUCUGAGGAUCAGCAACACUGGAGGAGAGCAGCCAAUCCAAGGUCUGACUGUAGACUAAUUUGAUAAAGCACGACAUCAUUUAAGGAUUGAUUGUAAUAGAAGAUGUCAUGGUUCUGAUGCUAGAUAUGUGAAUGCUUAUUGCUGAUUUUACAAGGUUCAACAUAGCAAGCCCAGCCAACAACUUAGAAGUGAGACAUGUGCCACUUUACCAUUGAUUUUAAAUUAAAUACAAAUGUUUCAUUGUUAUACACUAUGUGGUCUCUAUAACAAAACAAGGAAAUCUGUUUUACAUGUGCUGUAUAGAGAAACACUGCAGCUGGAGUUUGCUCAGAGCUAUCAUUGUCCUGGAUUAUUUGGGAAGGCACAGUUCUCUUUGUGAAUGAGGAGGAAAUAGUAAGUUUACAGCAGCAGUAGGAAUCUGUAUGUGCAGGCCCUACAUUCAUCCUGGUGUUGGUGGAUGAGCUUCAGUGAAGGCAAUAGAGGUUGUACCUACUUUAUCUCAAAGCUGAAUCGGGUGCAUUUUUUUUUUCUCUUUUCCUUCUACAAAAUAGAAGCCCUUUGUAAUUACUACAGUGCUUUUGUAUAACGGAUCAUUUUGGGAGAUGAUGAGGCAUAUGACAUCUUUAAAAGAAUGGUUUUCCUACAGUGUUUAGUUGUUACUAUGCAAGUGGUGAAAAUCUGCUUGUGUAGAAAAAGGGUAAAUUGAAUAUUCAGCUUUAUGAAAAGAUUUGCUCAGUAAUUUACAACUCUGCUUUAGGUGUCUUUUGAAAAUGAUGCCUUAAUGCACUUUGUUCACUAAUGGGUCCAAAAUAAAAUAGUCCCAAGCUCAGUUUCAGAUUUUUUAAAUACUGGUUGUCUAGAUACAAAUCUGUCCUACAGUUUGCCUUAUGAUCGAGAUGAGGAAUACAUACAUGCCUGUUUGGUUUCUUCCAUUUUUUAAUAGAAGAUAAAUGUCUAUCCAUGUUCCUUUGAUUUCUCUUUACAUGCUCUGCUAACUGCUGAAUUAAACAGAGAAACGUCUGGCAGUAGGUUGCUGGUAACCAUGGCUUUCAGCUGUGGUAGCAUCCCAUGGUUCAUAGGCAGGAGCCACUGAUCUUUCCAGAGUUGACACAAAUAAGGGAAAAUGUGUACAUAUAGUGAACUGCAGUGUUUAUCAUAGUGUCUUUAAUAAUCAAGAAAUGUAUACCCUCAAAAAUGAGAAAAUAUAUAAAUUCCCAAACAUUACAUUUCAUAAUUGAGCACAAUGUUACUGAUACAGUCUGAUCUACACUGCCCAGACAAUCUGGCCUGGGAUGUUGGGGAGGUAGCCACGAUGGCACAAGAAUUAUUAUAAUGAGUUGACAGGAGAUGACUGAUGUAAAGCAGUGAUAAAGAGAUGCAGGAGGAAAGUAGUUUUAAUCUAGGAUUAUUGCCAAGUUUCUGCCUAAAACAAAAGGGGUGUACUACCAAAGUACACGUAGCAAGGCUGUGUAUCUUCUCUUUUGCCAGAAAUAUUAAAUCUAGAAGCUGAUUUCAGUAGUGGACAAGUUGAAAACACUGUUCAGUGUUUGGCCAUACAAUGUUGGCAGAGAUUGAACUGGAUGGAAGUAAUACCAUGAAUUUGGAAAGAUCCCAAAUGAUCUCACAUAUUUUCAUUGUAAAGGUAGACCGUGAGUCUAAAGACAGAUCAUGGUUUUGGCCAAUGGAAAAAGAAUGGUUGUUAUCUACAGAUCUUGCUGUAUCAUUUUUAUUUUAACUCAGAAUACUUCAUUUGGAGCCAAGUCACAUUUCUCCAGUGGACUAUUAAUUCAGUCUGUACUCUUUAUGCAUAUAUGUUUGUGUAUCUAUGUACACAUAUGUAUGAGUACACACACAACAGUAUAUGCACAAACAUAGUGUGUAAUUUGUGUAUAAGCAUACAUACAUAUAUACAUACACAAACUGACAGUAAUUAGUCAGGUGUUCCUUUUUUGCUUGUUUCUUGAACAAUUUCAUAUUCUGUAUGACUGUGAGGAAACAAGUUUGCUAUGAAUGGUCGUCUUCUGGACAUUUUUUAACAAACAAAAUCUGUUUAUUUUACAGAACUUGAUUCAAUGCCUCAUUAACCAAUAAAAACAUCGAUUUGAAAAUGUAGCUUCUGUGGUCUGUGGCAUUUUGCAUGGUCCAUAGUAAUCAGUUGAAAUCUGGGGGAAGGGUAAUCCUCAUGUAAAAAUAAAACAUGGUACUUUAAUGUAGCGUGCAGUCUUAGGUGAGGGAUUUUCCCUGACGUUUGAAAGUUUUGUGACUAGGAAUGAGGUAGCAUUGUAUAAUGCUGUGUUUAACAAAGGCAGAUUUUUGAGGAAUUUGCUGUGAUGCAAGCAAUGAAUGUAGUAGAUAAAGUCUGUGUUGAUAUAAUGAUUGUUUCAAAGGUGUACUUAAAACCCAAGGUGGGAUUCAGCAGAGUUAGAGCAAACUAUAGCACAAUAUCUUUAGAAGACAGUAGCAUCAGCUCAGAGUAGUUAAACUUGAGGUAAUGGAACAGUGGGAGACUUUUUUCUCCCUGAGAACAGAUAAGUUUUUCCAUGUGUUAGGCUCGCAUAUAUUAAUACAUGUUUAAUGGGGGAAAAAUAAUUCAAGAAUGGCAUGUAUGUCAUAAAUCAUUUGGUAGACUGUCUCGGGCCCAUUGUAGUUUCCCACUGUUGGCUUUCAGAGAGCAAAAACUUUGCUGCAUUUUCUGCCAUGAGUUUAUUCUUUGUCUGGUUUGGGUAUCCCAUUUCUCAAUGGCUCAGCAAAGAGACCCCCACUGAGCAGUGGGUCCCAAGGGUAGGAAGCAUAAAAAUCCUCAGAUGUGUGUACACUGUGAAAAGAUGGCAAUCUGUGCAAGUACAGGUGAAAACACAUGUAUGUUCUUCAUGAUAUUAGCAAUAGUAAGUCACUAAAGAGCAGUGUGCAUCAUCAGUUUUAAUCCUGCAUCUUAAUUGCAAAGACUAUAUUCUUUCCAUUUUGGAAAAUGCAACAGGAUGCUAUUGACAGCACAAAUUAAAGUGUCAGCUCUUUAGCCAGUUCAUUUUGAGAUGGACAGCAUUUAUAAUGCUAUGAAGAACUGUUUACUGUGGGAGAUUUCAUUAAACUAUUAUUUGACAUCAAACACUGUAUAAAUAUUUUUCUUAAUUUUUCUGAUAAAGCAAAUGUCUAUUAGUUCCCAGAUUCUCCUUUUAGUUACAGCAGCACAAAUUCCAGAUAAACUGAUGCAACAAACAAGGUGAGAAUUGCUAGUGGCUCUUUAUCUGUAUCACCAAAACUGAGGCUGUUCGUUUUAAUUGGAAACACUGUCUUCAUUUCUGGGUUAGGAGUAAAGAAGUGUUGGACCCACACAGAAAGUACACACUAUGCCAUUUCAGGAGCUGGCCAGGGCACACCUGGCCUGAAGGCCAUCGGUGGGGCAGCUUUGGGAAGCCAGUGAUAAAUUAAAAACACGCACAGGUUGCUUAUGUAGUAAUGUACUGGCCAUGUUCUUGUAACACUAUCUCUAAUGUCUUUUCACAUACUGAUCGUUCUAGUAGUGGAAGUGUGUAUUAAGAUAUAGGAAUGUAAUAUGCAGUAUUUUUCUGUGUUACUGGUUUGGUUGCUUGUUUAGAAAUUAGUUCAGUGUUCUGAACUUCAGCCUUAAUUCUGCACAUGGAGGAAAGCCCACUCCCAAGUACUGAUGGUGAGUGUUCUAGAUUAUGCUAGCUGUUUGUUUUAAUUGAGCUUUCUGAAGUGAAAGAAACUCUCUUUACAUUUUAACCUGUGAUUUAACACUUGAUUUUCAUAUUAAAAAAUGAAGAGACUAAAGAGCAAUGAUUUUAAUAAUGCUUCAAUGUGGAUGAGACUCUUGGUUUGGACUGUGAGGCAUAAGGUAUCUGUGUACAUAAAUCUCUGUGCCAGGAUAGACUGAUUUGUCAUUUGUCUUGAGAGUUGAGCAGUACAAGUGCAAGUGUUUUAUUCUGAGGUAGACUUCUGCAUUAACUCCACUCUUGGAGUGAAAUAUUCUGUUUCUUUAAUUUUUAAAAAUUGGUUUUCUGAUUCAAGUGCAGACCCUGCUAGUAAGAAUGCAAGUAAUUCGUCUUUCAUCAUGUUAUUUAUUUCAAC